AUGGGAAUUUCAAACUUAUUACAAUUCUUGAAACCUAUAGUAAAAAACACACAUAUCAGUAAAUAUCAAAAUGGAAUAGUUGGAGUUGAUAUCAUGUGCUGGAUUCAUAGGGGGCUCAUAGGCUGUGCUUUUGAUGUAGUUACAGAUAAUCAUAAUGAAAAUUAUUUAAGCUUUAUUGAAAAAAUGUUAGAAGCUAUUUAUCAAUAUAAUAUUAAAGUUAUAUUUGUUUUUGAUGGUGAAGAAUUACCAGAAAAAAAAAAAGAAAAUUUAAUAAGAAAAGCACGAAGGGAAAAAGCAAAAGAUGAAGCUCUAGAAAUUAUUAAAAAAGUCAAAAAUCCAAGAAGUAAUGAGCUUGUUAUUAAAAAAUGCAUUCAAGCAAUAACUGUCUCAAAAGAAAUUAUUCAAUCUGUUAUUAAUUUUUGUAAAAAAAAAAAUAUAUAUUAUAUCAUUUCACCUUAUGAGGCAGAUGCUCAAUUGUCUUAUUUAUGUCGAAUGGGUUUUAUUUCAUGUGCAAUUAGUGAAGAUAGUGAUUUACUAGUUUAUGGAUGUCCUAGGGUUUUAUAUAAAUUUAAAAAUACUGGAGAGUGUAACGAAAUAACUUUAAUGCCUAUCAAUGAUUUAAUAGAUUCAGAUAUUAUAAACAAAAUUAAAAACCCAAUAUCAAAUUCGUUUAACCAAUUUUAUAUAACCCCAAUUAAAAAUAUACAAAAUGAAGAAUCAAAUUUUUCUGAUUCUUUUAUUUCAAAUGAAGAAAAACAAAGUCACACAUUUUCUCGUAAAAGACGAAGAAAUCUAAAGAACGAAAAAAGAAAAAAAAAAAAAAGAAAAAAAAAUAAUAAACUACUUAUGGAUCAAAUAUAUGAUUCCAAAAAUAAACAAAAUCAUAAUCAAAAUUCUAACAACCUUAUGAAAACAUAUAUCAACAAUUUUUAUUGGCCUGAAGAAUUAUACAAAUUAAAAUAUUUCAAUCUUGAUAUGUUUCUCGCUAUGUGCAUAUUAAGUGGUUGUGAUUAUACUAACGAUUUUCAUAUUUCUGGCAUGGGAAUAAAAACAGCAUUCAAUUUAAUAUAUGAACAUAAAACUAUCCAAAAUAUUUUCUCUUUUUUAAUUUCACAUAAUAAAUGGAAAAAUAAAAUACCCCCCAAUUUAGACUCAUUAGAUAAACUAAUGGAAAAAUAUAAUGAAAUAAAAAAUGCAUUUUUACAACAUCAUGUUUAUGAUUUUAUUUUGAAUAAAAUUAUUCCAAUACAUCAUUCAUUUCAAAGUUUUUUUAAAAAAGAAACUUCUAAUCUUUUAUGUAAUUCUGACAAUAUCAAUAACCGUUUCAAACUAUAUGAUGAUGUUUUUGUUCAUAAAAUUAUCGAAUCUUCACUUUUUUUGGAUUUUUCUAAAAUUAACAACAAAUGUUUGAAUAACUCAUUAGACGAUCUGACCAAUCAAAAGGACGAUGAUAAAAAUAUCGAAAUAAUAAAAGACUAUGCUACAAGAACACAAUUGUUGAAAAGUUCAACUCCUAUUCCUCUUCCCUUUCCUAACUCACCAUUUAAUAACAAAGAGGAAAUAAUAAAUCAGCAUAAUAUAGAUAACAUAUUUAAAAAUUUUACAUCAGAAUGUUUUGAAUAUUUAGAAAUAUCUCCAGGUAUUGUUAAAAGACAUAAACAAAUAAACUUAAUUGACUCCAAAUAUGACAAAAACACAGAAAAUGAUGAUAAUAAAUCUGAGUUGAAUUUUAUUAACAAAAAACAUAAAACUCAUAUAAACAUUAAAAAUAAUGAUCAUCAAUUUAGCAAUCCUCCUUUUUUAUCAAAACUUAACACAUUUGAAAAUUAUAAAUUUAUGGAAUCAAUAUCAAACCAAAAUGACCAAAUACAUGAACAAAUGUCAUAUGAUCAGUUGGAUAAAAAAAAUAAACAAAUGAAAAGUGCGAAAAAUCUUUAUGAAAAUAUGAAAAAAACAUUUACUUUAUUCAAAACUUUAGGAGAUAAAGAAGAAAUUAAACAUGAUCUUAAGUCACCUCAAAAAAAUACAAUCAUACAUGAAACCCAAAUUCAAGAUCCCAAAAAUUUUCUGAAAAAAAAUGAUAACUAUAUUAAGUCAGAAAAUAAAAACGAAAUGAAUACACAUUCUUUUAUUCCUCCUUUAAACAGAAGUAAGCUACACAUAAAAAAAAAAAAUUAUAAUGGCCAAUUGAAAAUAGCAAACUUUUUUAAAAACUCGAACAAGGAUGAAUUAAUAAAUAGCAAUAAUAAUACCCAUAAUCAUUUUGAACUGAAAAGUGAUCAAAACACUAAUCAUAUUUAUAAUUCUCCCAAUAAACUUAAACAAAUUGAAACAGAUGGAAUGUCAACAGAUCAAGAUAGAGAUAUCCAUAAUGAAAAUACAACAUGUAAAGAUGUUCUUAACACAGAUUGGAAAAAUACAAAAAACUUCAUACAUUCUUCAAAAUUUACACAAAAUAAUUCAAAUACUUCCCCGAAUAAAACACAAGAAAACGACAAAAAUAUUAACCUCGAUUAUAUGCUUCAAAACCUAAACUAUAAUUAUCAACCAAAAAUACAAAAACUAAACACAUUUGACUAUUUUAAGGAAAAAGAAAACGCACCAAAUUAUAAUCCUUACAUAGAUAACAUUUUGUGA